AUGUUUGGUAAUUUUUUGUUUCAGCCCUUUUACGUUUUAGGCGCUGCUGGUUUUCGCGCUUUUACGCAACAAGUCUAUGGCGAAUUAAUUAAGGCCGCGCCUGGUAUGUGUCAUGGUUAUCGUUAGUCAGUACAUUUUACAAAGGCGAAGCUGCGAAUUGCCUCAUAUCGCCGAUCAGUAUAUACUCAACUAUUUCACUUGUUCUUGCUGGUAGCGACGAAACCACCAGAAAGGAAAUGUUAAGCACACUUCGUCUGGAACAUACUGGAAGCUUUGAUGCUGCCAUUAAAUGUGCCGGUGAUAAUAUGAAGAAUGUUUUUAAGGACGAUAAAGGCACAGAACUUAUCCAAGCGAAUGGGAUGUUUGUACAGUCUGGUUUCAGAUUGUUGGAGUCCUUCCUAGAAGCACUGAAAUUGCAUUUUGCGGCAUCCGCAGUUGAGGUAUCUGCUUGGCACUUUGGCAGAUAAGUGUUUUUACAAGGUGGACUACAUGAAAAACCUGGAGGGUGCUCGUCAAAUGAUUAAUGAUUGGAUCCUUAAUCAUACGAAUAAAAUGAUUCACGAUCUCCUGCCUGAAGGAGUUUUAAAUUCCGACACAAGACUGGUCUUAGCGAACGCAGUUCAUUUUAAAGGUAAAUGAUAAACAAAAUCACUUUCCUCCCCAAGGCGUUUGGGAAGAAAAGUUUAUUCGUGAACAAACCAUGGAGGGGAAGUUUUCUUUGCUAACUGGUGAGGAAAUUAAUGUUCCUAUGAUGCACUGUGAGAGAAGGCUAUUACUUGGUCAUUUUAAUGAAGAGCUCGAUUGUAAAGCUAUACGAAUUCCUUUUACGUGGUACGUUAACAGUGCUUAUCGGAUUCGUCACGUGUUAGCUUCACGUUUAUCAGAGACCUCUGUAGCUUUAUUUAGUGCUUCUUCUUACACGGUCGGCUUUCUUAACGGAACUCAUUUUUAUCUUCGUAUUCUUCACCUUUCUGUCCAUCUCGAUUGCAGACCGUUUGCCUGAUUAGCUUCAGUUUAUUUUAAGGCUGUUAAAUGUGUGACUAUUCUAGCUGUGUUUUCUUUCCUAAGCAUUCUUUUGUAGUUUUUUUGCAAUUCUGGCUGUGUUCGCUAGCAUCCUGCAUAACCACCAAUUAUGUAUAUAUUGAAAACCAAACAUAUCGGAUCAUCAACUAGAUUCAAAACUAAUACUGGAUGUUGAAAGUUUUCGUCCGGAAAUUCCAUUGAUUAUUUUUAGUCGACAAAGUGGGUUCGCUAUGAGAACUUCUAUCACAGGCCCAUAUCUCGUGUUCGAAGUGUUUGUGACCUAACGUUCUUGUAUCACGCCCCUGAUUGCAUGUCUGCUGGUUGGUAACCACUAAGUAUAAUUACGACCGACGUAAACUUACUUUAUUGCACCGCGCCAACUUCGGAUGCCAAUGCACUUUUAAAGACGUUACGGUCUUACCACGCACUCUGUUAUUUAUUUGUUAAUUUAAGUGUGAUCAAUUUUGUUUUUGGCUGCCGCGAAUGUCAGAUAUCUGGCUGUGUUGGUGGAUUUAGUGAAAGCGUUAUUUUCAAGUCAAUUAAAAUGAACCAUUCGGGAUGUAUGCUCACUUAGAUAUCUCAAAUUGUGGUGUAUAAGGUGGUGUAGACACAGUUUGACAUUAGUGUGCAAUGGUGAUCGAUAAUUGAUUUCGAUUCGCCGAUCUGAGUUUUUUAUUUUUACCAAUUACAACUAUAACCUCCAUGCUACCUUUAAACCAUAGUUAGUGAAUGAUGACGUGCAUCUAAUUUUGAAAAAAUAGGUUGUGCUAGCCAUUGUUAUCCUAUUAAAUUUGGUAGUGAAACUGCAACUACUUUAAUAUUUGCCUCCUCUUCCUCCACCGUUAAGUUUCCCAUUUCUUGCGAAUGAUAAGACAGCCAUAAGUAGAACAGUUAGAACUCAGGUUGGUUUUUUAGCUAUCGAAUCUUAACUGCAACUAUAUUGUGACGGUAACUUUUAGCCUUUUUCAACGAUGACACUCCCUUUUUGAUCUCUGGCACAGGAUCGGAUUGUUGUUUAGCAAAUUUCUUUGCACACUGAGAAAGACACUCAUUUGCAGCCAAUUUCGACCCUUUCGUUAAAGUCCAAAUUAAAAUACCUAAUAUUUGGAUUAGUCAGCCUAUUCAGUGACGAUGUGAAAUUGCCUACCUGGUCCUGAUUUUUCUCUUUUAAGCCAUGAAAUGCUCAUCUUAUUGCCAAACGCCAAAAAUGGCAUUAAUCAAGUGUUGUCGAAACUGCUGGAGACCUCCCAACAAGACCUUUUCGCCAAAAUUUUUUCAAAGGACUCUUACACCUUGUGUAAAGUCAAACUACGCCUUCCGAGGUUCAGACUGGCAGAUUCCGAAAGCAAGGAUUUAAAAGAUGUUCUCUCCGCGAUGGGCAUGCCUUCAGCUUUCAGCGCAGCUUCAGCUGACUUCUCGGGCAUAACUGGCCGCAGAGAUCUUUUCAUCGCAAGUGUUUUUCAUAAGGCAACCAUCGAAGUGAGUGCCUUGCCACCUCCUGGCAUCAACUAACUACUGCAAACAUAACUUUUGUUACAACGUUCAAUCUGCGGCGAAAUCGAAGUGUUUCUGACGUUUUGAUUGUAGGUAGACGAGGAGGGAGCCGAAGCAGCUGCUGCAACGGCUGCUGUAAUGAUGCUCCGUUGUGCGCUCAUGCACGUACCAGAAUUUAUUGUGGACCAUCCGUUCCUGCUCUUUAUUGUCAGUGAAUCGGGCCUGCCAGUGUUUAUGGGUCACGUGGUAAAUCCGGAACCAAAACGGUGAAUUGCCGCCUUGUUACCACCGUGGCGGGGUAGGUCGCGUUGUACAACCGUCUUGGCGUUUAGUUAUUAUAUCUACGUCAUUUCAAUUCUAUUGUUUUUGAGGAGUGGAAAGGUUGUAUUAUUUAUUUCCAAGGACUGCUCUGUAAUCGCUAAUUUAGGAUGUUUGGGUGAGUUCCUUAGCCAGGCUAGGUAAAUUCCAACCUCCGCUUUGCACUCAAGCCAUCCAGACCAAAGUUCUUGAGUGCAGAGAUGCACCUGAGUGAACUGUGUUAAGAUUGUAACUCAUACUUAAGACUAUAUUAAUUGUGGUUCUUUUCUGAUUUUCGCUGAGACUGUUAUUUAUAGACGCCACUUGUGACAGUUUAUGGAUAUUGGGUCAGGAACUGUUUAGAUCGCCAUUCAUGGAUAAAGACUACCUUUCCAACUCGAGAAUCAAUUAGCGUUCCGUGUUUUAGACAGUGAUUUCGCGCAUACCUGGUCAUUUGGUUAGUUUCAUUUUGACAUUGCCCCUUACACGAAAUGUUGCAUUCAAGUUGCAGAAGCAGUCUGCUGGUUCAGCAGCUUCGCUUUCUAUCGCAGUCCGAUUGUUAUCCUUAAACUGAGACCGGAAAUCGUCACCUACGUAGUAGUUUAAAAUAUACGUCUCAGUUGGAGCCAGACUCUUCGACUCAUGACCCAUUAAAAGUGAUCAUCGUCUGUACCAGAUAACUGAAGAUCAUAUUUCUUGCAGAAUCCUUUGAUAGGCUAAAAUACUACCUACUUGCCAGUCGUACCAUUUCGGCAAAGCUUCAGAGAGCUAGUCCAGCCAACUCGUACAAGUAUCUAGCAGAUCUGUUUUUUGGAUUCUCUGAAGCGUGAUCUACCAGAUUCAUGUACAAGCACACUGAGCCAGGUCAUUGAGUUCCCAGCUGAGAAGACAGUGGUCAUCUGGUGACAAGGCGGCCGUGGCGUCUGACAGACGUUAGUUGCAUUAGCGCCUCCAGCACCUUGAGUAAUUUUUAUCACGUAUUCAAAAGUCGGUAGCAGAGGACAGACGCGGUUCAGGAGGGGAUUCCGCCUAUGUCAGUCUUCAUCGUUGUCACAUUCAAGAAAUACCCUGCAACGUAUGGUAAUUUGUCCGUUACAAGUGAUGAGACAGUGGACACAGUGCGGACCCACACGUGAAUAAAAACGCUCCCAAAUUGCUCGCUUGACUGUUGCAUGGGCGAUUAUCAUUUAUAUGUAUGCGUGUCCGACCGAAUAGGUCCAUGCUUUGUGUGGAUGCUUUUGUGUGGGUAGGCGUGCCAACUGAUGAAAUUCUAACUGAAAUUCUAAAGUGCUUUUCGACUCGAAAAGAUAAAUUAAGAAGGGUUGCAAUAUUACUUAUCAUACAGCAUAAUCCCUGGAUAUUUCGGUCACUUCAGGAUUCCGGCUUUCAGACGAACUUCUUUCCGGUCGCCUGCAAAAACUGCACCAUUUAAAAAUGACUGCCUAAGUAGUAUGAAUUUUUCUCGUUGAUUUUUGAUGCCAUAAUAUAUUCAAAUAUAUUUCAUAGAAAAGAUGCAUAAAAAUAUUCAUUCCUUUACUCCUUUGGGGGUAACUGACAUUCUAUCCAGAUUUUAUACUGGAAAAAAGGGUAUAAUUCGGUUUCAAAAGACUUUUUCAAUUUUCGAAUAAUUUCGAACCCGACCUGCCGCUACACUUGCGUUCAGGGUUCCCAAACUACAAGCUGUAUAUUUCGCGUAUACGGAAAAUCAUAUGUUUCUAUACGCUAUUAAGAGGAGACCAUAUGAUGUUCAUAGAAUUCAGCAGUAGGUUUGUGCUAUUUUACAAACUUUAUAAGCUACACAAGUAGAUGGCGAAACAGGGCAUUUCACGAUCUUAAAAAAGCUCAUAACUAAAAACUUUCUCAAAACCGAAUUAUACUUUUCAAGUAUAAAAUUUAAAGAAGACUUAAUCUUCUACCAUGUUUGCAUAUACACACGUGGCCGACUAGGUUCCAUUCGAUGGGACAGUGUGGCAAGUAAGGCGGAGGUAAUUAGUGCUGGCGAGUAUCCCUGACAUGGGUAAUUUAGUGGCACCGCGGUAAAUUCAUAAGUAACCGACCAGGCCGACACGUGAUGCGAAUGUAUUCUCGCAAAAAAGCCCUGUCGGCACUCUGUCUACGCCAACUGCACGUACUUUUACGGGCAGCGCAGAUCACUUCAGCAUUAAACUUCCUCAUCGUGGUUCUUGAUACAUUGGCGAGAACAUGUGCAGCCAUGAGUAGAUCGAAGGAACUCCAAUGGGCUCGUUAGUUGCCUGUUUCGUGGCAAACCUGGUCCUACUGGAGCUUGAAAUGGCUGUCCUCCUACAGACCCUGGGUGUCCUCCUGCAAGCAUCUGGCCCCACCAUGUCCGGCCAGCUUACCCCUUUGUGUGACAAUGCGGUGUUGUUCAGACACUUGCACACAGGCUGUUUUUAGCCCAGUCAACUGCUGAGGCCGACUUUCAGCGCAUAUUCUUCACUAUAAACAGUCUGACGCGCUACCGCAGUUUGGAAGGCUGCUAAUCAACAGAAUAACUCGAUCCUCCUUUCCAAAUCAGGCUGCAACUGCUCCUUCUUAAUUUGGCACUUCCAUCUAAUUGGGAACCGGUGAAACCCUUGCCGCGCGUGCGUGGCGCGCGUAGACGGACUUGCUUAUCCUUCUCAACACCGCCUCCAGUAUUUUUAACCCUUCCCUGAUAAUGGGCCUGGGAAGUUUAGGAGGAGAGGCUGCGGUUGGUAGAGCGCAAGUCACCGCCCCUGCGUCAAUCCCACUGCAGGGCAGCCUAAGGUCAUUGUCGGCAACAAGGGUCAACCUGUUAGAUCUGGCUUAGGUUAUGGAGCCGAAUCAACGCGAAUCGCUUUCUUCUGGACAUUUGAUGUCUCCCAUUCUGUAGAAUCAUGUCCCAUCAUUAUCGAAUUAGUUUCUUGAAGGUAGCCAUUUGCAUUUUCUGUUUGGUUUUCUAACUGGUCUCCCAAGAACUCCAGAGGUUUCGACAAAAGCGGAUAUUGUACAUUUACGCCAACGUUAUCAGUUAAUUAGUACUAUCUCAAGAUUGCCCGUUGGGUAAAAUUCCGACCCGAGGUAGCAGAAGCUUUCGACUGACUAAGUGCCUCAGUUACCUGUUAUUGUCGAGCAGAUAUCUUAAGGCUGCUACGAGAAUUGUACAUCCUUCGUGAGUUUAUUCUUUGCAGGGAUCUCAUUCACAUCAAGAAGCACGGCCUUGUGUAACCUCGGGAGCAACCCUAGUCUCUCAUGUAGUUGAGCGGAAGUUGUGCGCAGGAAGUGCCCCGACGUCUGCGGAGGUGACAGUUAGGAAAUCAAAUUCAUGCAGUCUUUGGUCCCAUUGGUAGAGAAGUAACCUUGAGUCUAAAUAAAUUCACCAGCUGCAUUGCUGGGCACUGGAGGUCCAGACGAACAGAGAUCAGAAGACACAAGUAACGGCAAUUCUUGUCCUCCUGUUAUGGUAUCAUCGUCGGACUAAACUUAAGUAUCAUACAGGUCAUUGGAUUUGCUACACCCAACAAUUUUCCUGAUGAUUCCGUACCUCCCAUUCGGCUGUUAAUUUGCACUGAAUCAUGCAAACGACAAAUUAUUAGUUUACUCCGUAGUUGCAGUCGUUUCUGUUGCAUUUUUUGAGAAUAUCUCUUUUUCCUUCCUUCCAGCCUUUUGAUGCCAGUGCGGAAGUCGGACGUUAUACUACUUAUUUUGCUUUUGAAAUGUAACUUCUUUGCUUCAUUUGCCUUGAUUUGUAAUGUGAUCAGACAAACUUUCUCAUGCCUCUUUCCAAUUAAACGUAACUUUCUUCUGCCUUCCUUAAUGCUAUUUAUUUGGACGCUGCAUUUUCGUAUUUUUGGAUUUGGGAAGCAGAUGGUUCUUUGUGAUUUGGUCACUUUACGAUUACUGUUAGUCGUAUCAUAAAAAGCGUCAGAAAAGACUAUUUGAACGUGUUUAAAAACUGUUCCUCGCCGAGCCUGCUUUAAGAAACUGUGUGUAUCUUUUCAGUUUGGUGCGACCGGAUUAUUCUGAAGCGAUUUUAAUCACCUCAAAGUUGUACGAAUACAAAGGGGGAUACUAGCGGCAUACGGAGAAAUAUUUAAAAUUUGCGGUUGACCGCUUUGUGUCGCUGUGUUGGGGCCCAUUUCCUCUCAAUUUCUCAGUGACAUUUCGGUCGACGUGUUUAAACGUCCACUUUGUGCUCCCCAUUCGCAAUCCACGUUUGUGCGCUGGAUAUCUCUAGUUUGACCCACCGCACGUUCCUGCUGCAGGUAUGCGGAUUUCAGUCGCAGCGCACGACAUGAGGGUCACAGCUGCGCCCUUCCAAGUUCAGUCGUCACGAGGUGAGUUGUACUAGCAGUCGGUUUCAUCUUAUCGUGAGCAUGUGUUGGGCUACCACUUUACUGUGUGAUCACGCAACACUCCGCGACGCUGUGAAUCAGAUUAAGACCCUUGUGGGGCGGGGGCUUUCCGCGUGGGUGUGCCUUUCUCAUUGAGUGUUACAAAAGAAUCUUCGAAUGCAAAACUUACUUGAGGAUGCCACUCAGACGCCUACUGAUAGGCGGACUUCAGUCUGUUUGCACUAUCUGUUGAGGGCGCGCUGUCAAGGAGUGCAUGGCAAGUAAGUUUGACAGGUUUGCGUGUUUUUGGCUUCGUCUCCUGUAUUCAGUGGAAUUUAAACUGGUCAACGUCUAACGCAUCUCCUGAAUAUCACAUGCACCACUUGAUGACGGUUAACUCAAGCUGCGGGACGACCAGACAUUUGAGGAUUUCUGAGAUCUCGAUCAGCUAGUAUAUCAGCCGCUGGAGGUUUUACAUACCACACCGCUAUAUGAUUCGAUAAUUUGUCGCAUGUGCGUUGUUUAUUAUGGUCCAUAGUCGGAUCCCACCCGAGUUCGAAAUGCCAGGCAAAUACACGCGGCAUGAUCAUAAUUUUCAUAGUGAUUUUAUGUGUACAGUUGCUGCAAAGUCCUUGGGGCAGGUGUUUUCUCACUCGGUCCCAAAGUUCAAAUGUUUGUUUCGGCUGAAUUGCUUCAAUUCAGCAAUCAUUAGAAUAUCGCGCAUUUUACGACUGCGGAGUACUGUAGCGCACGCCGAAUACAACGCCGUAAAUGACAUCGUCGCUAACGGGCCGAAAUUUUGCAUGCGACUUAUUCAGCGGGGAUAAAUUGACGAGACCCUUACCUGAACUUGGAAAUGGCCGUUAUGUCGUGAUUACUUGGGCAACUCUAUCCUUGUUGCAAAAGACUGGGACGGUAAUGCUUGUGUCUCUUCAUAUGUAGGGAGUGCCAUGGAAUAAUUACAACUCCAAAAUUGGCAGUUGGGAUGACAUGUUUAAUGAAAACCGUAGAUUAAUCCUUUUAGAGAACGCAGCGCUGGUGGAUGUCGACUGUAGAAUUGACUUGCGUUUUCAAGUAUACAAAUUGCCAACCACCUGUGCAUAGAAUACCUUAAGAUUCAUAAGGAACUCAAUUGCUGGGAUAAUAUUUAUCUGGUUCCUAUCCCGCACCCUCAAGUGAUGUUGUCUACGGCUCUCUCUCUUAUUAGAAGGCAGAGCCCUAGUUGAAUGUACUAAUUUGUGGUAACUUCCGUGUACAGUAGUGCCUCGUGGUAUCGCUCUUCGAUUUUCUCGACUUCGCUCUGUCACGCAUACAGUGAGUGACCGAUGUUGGCUGAAAUUGUGAAAUGAGUUUGCGAUUAAGAAGGAUUACUCGGUCGCUGUUGUAAUACUGAUUAUCUUGCGGCAUAAUCUUAUAACAUUUUGGACUCGGCAGGAUGUCAGCUUUUGAAUACACUUCUUUUCAAUCUGCUGUGGAAACCGUACUCAGUAAAAAAAUGACUACUUAAGUAGCACGCAUUUUUCCCACUGAUUUUCGAUGGUCUUGCAAAUUCCAAUAUAUCUUAUAGAAACCAUAAAUAAAAAUAUGUUUUCUUUCAGUUGUUUGAUAGAGAAUCGCGUCUUCAUAUUUUAUACUCAAGAGGGGAGUAUAAUUAGGUUUUAAAGAAGUUUCUAAUUAUGGGAUUUUUUAUGACAUCGCAAUGCCCAUUCACACAGCAUCGUACCUCGCCGUUUACCCCAGCUCCUCAUGAAACGUACAGCAUAGUCCGCAUCCAUUGCAAAAUUUUAUGGACUCUGUAUAAUAUCUUUUUAAUGGCAUAGAAAAAUAUGUGCGCUAAUGCAAAGAAUGAUCAGGCUGUAAAUUAUUCGGCAAUUAGAAAACUUGUUUAGAACCUAAUUAUACUCCUCUCUUGAGUAUAAAAUAUAAAGACGCAAUUCUCUAUCAAACAACUGAAAGAAAGCAUAUUUUUAUUUAUGGUUUCUAUGAGAUAUAUUUGAAUUUGCAAGACGAUCGAAAAUCAGUGGGAAAAAUGCAUGCUACUUAAGUAGUCAUUUUUGACCGAGUACGGUUUCUACAGGAGAUUGAAAAGAAGUGUAUUCAAAAGCUGACAUCCUGCCGAGUCCGAAACGUUAUAAGAUUAUGCCGCAAGAUAAUCAGUAUUACAACAGCGACCGAGUAAUCCUUCUUAAUCGAAAACGCAUUUCAGAAUUUCAGCCAGCAUAUCAUGAGAUCGGUCACUCACUGUAGUAUAUGCAAGAAUUUCUACAUUUGUAUUGGGGGUUUUUCGCUGGGUCGCAAAUUUCUGCGGAAAACAUGCGUUAUCCUAACUAACCUGGCAUAGCGCCUAAGAGAACAUAGGGUGUUCUUGUGCUGUAUAACUCCGAGGCAUGCGUUUAUAAGGAUGUGGGAUGGUUUAUAAGGAUUUAGAAUGUACAAAAUAGUAGUAAAAGCGUACGGUUUUUACUCCGCGGACUUCCAGUUUUGGCGGUGUGUUCUGAAAUACAACCCCACCGAUCUAGAUGGGAUCACUGUAUUUCCAUUCAGUACAAAACUGCGAAUGCUCACAAUGCGUUCGGACCUAGGGCCUAUUCUUUUCUGUGAAAGAAUAGUAGACCACGAAGUAUUUAACAAGACUGGUCGUAAAUAAUAAAGUGGAGGGAGUCGAUUUUUUGUCAAAAAUUAUGCAGUUUUUUUAAGGUCGAUAAUGAUCUCUAAUCAGAAAGUUCCACGGUCGAGCUACCCACUGGCUGAAGGAACUUUUUCCGAGGUCUAGUAGCGUUCGUUCGUUUAUGACUUUGUAAGGAUGAACACAGUGUCGAAUUGUACAUACAAACCCAAGGAUUUUCUCCGAUCUCAGCGAGCAACCAUAGCCAUGGACAAUCCGGAAUAUCUAGACCGGGCCACACCCUUAGAGUAUGUUAGAUAGGUAAAACAUAUCAAAUUCUUUUAAUCUACAAACUCACGAAAUGUUAACCAAAAUUCUAAAAUGCACUUUAGACUCGAAAAGAGUACUUAAGUAGGGUUGUAAUAUUAAUCACCUUACAACAUAAUCCCAAAAUAAUUCCAUUACCUCAGGAUGCCAACUAGUGAACGAGCUCCUUUUCGGCCACUCGGAAAAACUGCACUCUGUAAAAAAUGACUACUUAAGUAGCGUGAAGGUUUUCUAAUUGAUUUCUGGUGACCAUUAAAUUCAAAUAUAUUUCGUAGAAAAAAAUGCAUAAGGUAAAUCAUGCCUUUAUUCAUUUGGUAGAAAAUUAGGUCUUCUUUGAACGUAAUACCUAAAAGAAGGGUAUAAUUCGGUUUUGAAAAGGUUUCUAAUGAUGAGAUUUUUAACACCAUGAAAUGCCCUUUUAUAAAACAUCGCGUCUCUGCAUUUAGUAAUGCUGCUUGUAAAUAUUGCAAUAUGACUCAAAUCCACUGCUUAAUUGUAUGUGUCCCGUACGGUCUCCUCUGAAUACCGCAUAGAAAUGUACGAUUUUCUAUACACCGCAAAUAUACAGAUGGUAGUUCGGAAACCCUGAAUGCAAGCGUGACGGCCGCCCGAUUUCAAAAUUAUUCGGGAAUCGGAAAACUUUUUAAAGACCGAAUUAUACCCUUAUUUUAGGCAUUAAGUUCGAGGAAGACGUAAUUUUCUACCAAAUAAGUAAAGGUAUGAGUGUUAUUAUGCAUGUCUCCUAUGACAAAUAUUUAAAUUUUUAAGGACAACAAAAGUCAAUGAGAAAAAAUCCCCUAUGCUUAAGUAGUCAUUUCUUACGGAGUGUAGUUUUUCCAGGCGACCGGAAAGGAGUUUGUUCAAUAGUUGGUAUCCUGAAAUAACUGAAUUAUCUUGGGAUUAUGUUGUAAGGUGAUUAAUAUAACAACCCUAAGUAAACAAUCUUUUCGAGUAGAAAAUGCGUUUCAGAAUUUCGGUUAACAUUUCAUUAGUUAGCACAUCUACUAUAUCCUGAAACGAUACAUUCUUAGAACCAUCGAUCAUCUUUGCUGACCUGACUUUCACCAGUUCGAAGAGGUCAAUGUCUGCCCUCAUUCAGUGUCCGGGCUGGCAUCGGGUAAUCCAAAUGGGCUCUCACACAGAAGCCAAAGAGUCCAGAAUGAAAUGAUUUAAACGCACGCCUUCUCCACUGCAACACACGAGUAGCCUUCUGGACCACCAUAAAAUCUUCCGAGGACAUCAAAUUUGUGGUCGUCCACAUGCGCAGAAUCUCCUCUGACAGAUUUUGCCCACAAAAACAACUUUAUCUGGACUAUUUAACCAUAUUUGCCUUUCAGUCCGUUCUACCUUUAUCCGUCCUUUAUCAAUUUUAAUUCCAGUUUCACAAUCGGCAAUCUAUCCCCUGGUUCGUUGUCCGACUGAGAAACCCUUUUUUGUAAAAAAAAUCAGUCUGCAAUAUAAUCCAAUAAAAAUUCAGUUACCGCAAGAUGCUGGCCUUCGAACUUAUUUUCGGCUGCAUACAAAAACUGUACUCUGUAAAAGAUGACUACUUAAUUAGCAUGCAUUUUUCUCAUUGAUUUUCGAUGCCUCUCAAAGUCCAAUUAUAGUUCAUGGACAACAUGCAUAAAAAUAUUCAUUCUUUCGCUCAUUCGGUAGAACAUCACGUCUUCUUUCAAUUUUAUACCCGAAGAAGGGUAUUAUUCGGUUUUUAAAAACCUUUCCAAUUCCCGAAUAAUUUUAUACCCGAUCUGCCGUCACACUUGCAUCCAGGGUUUCCAAACUACAAGCCAUGUAGUUUCCGCGUACGGAAAAUCACUUUUUUCUCCACGGUAUUAAGAGGAAACCAUAUGGGGUUCAUACAAUUUAGCAUUGGAUUUGAUCCAUAUUGUUAACUUUACAAGCCAAAUUGGUAAAUCCAAAGACAUGACUUUGUAUGAACUGUCAUUUCACGGUAUUAAGAAGUCUAACAAUUAGAAACUCUUUUAAAACUAAAUUAUGUCCUUCCUUCUAGUAUAAAGUUGAAAGAAGACGUAAUGUUUUGCCGAAUGAGCGAAAGAAUGUAUAUUUUAUGUGUGAACUAUAAUUGAACUUUCAGGGGCAUCGAAAAUCAAAGAGAAAAUUCCAUGCUACUUAAGUAGUCAUUUUUACAUAGUACAGUUUUUGUAUGCUGACGAAAGGGAAUUCGUUCGAAGGCCGGCAUCCAGAGGUAACUGAAUUAUCAUAGAAUUAUACUUCAGACAAUUUAGUUUUACAACCUUACUCAAUUAAUCUUUUCGAAAGGAAAAUGAAUUUUGGAAAUUCCGUCCACAUUUAAUGAGUUCGCCCACCUACUGUAUUUAAGGGGCCUCGGAGGUGAUUUAAGAUAACAAGCUGACUUGGCUUUAAUGUAUCGGAAAAUUUAUUUGCGCAGUAAUGUUUCCCAUCCUGCAGGGCCAUGUUGGUGUGAUAACGAUGAGGAUCUAGGUCGUGCGCCACUCGUUCCUUUGGAAUGCAUGUGUGGACUCUGGAACGCCCUUUAUUACGGUAUUUCGGUUACGAUUUUUGGACGAAUUCUUUGUUCUCUCUCCUGUGUUAGCACCGUUAAUGCUCCGUUGUCUCAUGAGUGGAAGCGACGUACAUCUCACGCAUGCUGUAUUACACUUCUACUGAUAUCCUGUCAAGUAGUUAUUAUUGUGCGAAACAAAUUAUCAAGUUUGCUGAAGGCGCGCCUCCCCUCGAAGCCAAAAUAGACACGGUCCAAAUCACCCAAUAUGAGACCCCUUCGGCAGUUUUCGAUCAUCACGUGUUUGACAUUAGGAUGGCCAAUAUAAACGGAACGCAGCACUCACCCUUUUGGUACAUAUUUGAGCACGGUCAUCUCCGUAAGCACGGAGGACCAUUCAUAUCUCCUAGGGGUAAUUUGCGUCUGAAUUGAUUUUCCCAGACCUAUAAAUACGAUCUCCUACAAAGUAAACACACUCACUUUCAAUGCGUCAUAUUUCGCUGUUUUAUACCUUGUAGGUUCAUCCCAUCAUCAGUGCUUGUCUUAAAAAGUUCUUGGAGAUUAUUUAGACUAGAAAAUAAUAGUCAAUUAUUGAACACAUCUGAUGGCACAUGGUGCAUAACGGAGACUGUCGCGUACCUUAGACACUGUUACCGCUCAUCAGUGCGAGAAAGAAAGCGAUUUUGUCAAAGAAACGUUCAGCAGUAACCUCCAAAAUUACUCGCCUAAGUCAAACUCAAGGAAGAAAAUUACUCCUAAUAUUUCUCAAUAUGACUAAAGAUAUCAACAUGGUUACCAAACACUUUUUCAGUAUUGUAUGUUUGCGCAACUCGGGAAAGUAGUCUGUUUAAUCUGCAAAAUGGGGAAUGUGAUCAGGAAAACUAAUGCAUUCUCGCAUCUCUGCAGCUUGAAACUACUAUACCACUUUUUACGGGGUCACCAAUCAGUACCACUUCCACAGCCGCUUUUUACCUCGGGUAUAUGGGUCUUCUUCAUGUACGUUGUUACUUGUGAACACGGCUAAUUUGUCUAUUGCAAUUGAGAAGUUUGAGUUCCGAGGUCUGGUCUUCCUUUAAUAAAUGGAGUCUUAGUUCUACGAACAAGUUGUCGGGCCGCUUCUUACGAUAAAACAAAGACAACCGUGCAAUUGCGUGAAAAAGUAGGCAACGUUCAAAUGCCAGUAGCGAAACUUGUGUAUUUUUGGCUUGUAAAGGAGUUUAUUAUAAAAACUCCUUCAAGUUUUGGACUUUCGUAAUUAUGUUCUACAGGCAUGAAAACUGCUGAAUAGCCAUGCAGUUCGGCUGCUGUCUUUCGGAUAUUACCAGAAGGAGGAACUGCUCUGUUUUGUUAUUUCUGUCUGAUCGAGUGUAGAAAACGCAGCAAACAGGGCCUAAAAACCCUGAAUAAUCUAAUUUCCCUGUGUAAGCGCACCUCAGUCAUCGCAUUUACAACUCCCUUGCCCAUGCAUGCACCUAAAAUUCAAAAAUUCACCUCCAUUUGUUAACAUAUCUGUUCAGUGACCCAAUUAAACGUAGAAGGAAUCCGUGCUUUGCGUCAGCCGGCCAACCUGUAAGCAGAAUUUGGAGACCUCAAGCUGCGCAGGACCUCGUUUGUUUAGAUUCAGGUUAUAAAGCUACUUGUACAAUCACCAAAAUAACAAAAAACUGCAAAAGGUGUUCUUAUAAAGAAAUCGGCGUUUUUUACAUGCAUCUGUUCAUUUAAUGCAAGUGGAGAAUGAGUUACUUAACAGAAAUCUGAAGUGAAGAAGAAGAUUCGAGCACCGGAACACUUCGUUUAUUAUCUUGAGCUUUCAGACUCGUACAGGAGUCCAUCGUCAGAGGUAGUGGCAGAAACAGGAUAGGCGACAGUUAUAAGGCACGCAGGCCCAAUCAUCGACCGACGUCGCACGACUGGAGGUGACUACGCCGGGCUCUGUACGCCGGCGCCAGAUCGAUAAAUCGAUUGACCGAGUUCUCAUCCGAGGUCCAUGCUUCAAUCAAUUCUCGGCCCUUCCUGGAUGUGCUCGUCAGACGAAACCUUAACGGUGAACUUAAAACGACUGUUUAAUGGGAGGCUACAAACAACACACAGCUUCUCAGUUUUCACAGCAACCAUCUGGGUAGCUCACAAACGAAGCUGUGUGAAGACGCUCUUUAAAAGGAUCCAAAGUCAUUGCAGCAAACCGGAGGACAGAGCACGUGAGGCCCGUUAUCUCCGCAACCAGUUUGUGCAAAAUGGCUAUCCGAGGGCAUUCAUAAGUCGCUGCCUACGCGGUCGCCACCAGAGAAGUCGAACAUCAACGCCACCGACGAUAUGGCAUUCUCUGCCAUACAUCAAGGGUGUUUCAGAAGCGACCGAGCGCAUUGCUGCGGAGCUAGGGGUUGGAAUUGCACACCGCCCCAAAGCCACCAUGCGCAGCAGAUUCAUGCAAACUAAAGACCGGUUAAAACUUGAAGAGCAAUCUGGAGUAGUGUAUCGCAUUCCGUGUCAAAAGUGUCCUUGUAAUUACACAGGACAGGCUGGACGCAUGCUCGGAUCGCGCAUACAUGAACAUGAGCUGGCUGUACGGCGAGGCGACGCAUAAUCACAAGUGGCCGCCCACACCUACGAAAUGGGUCACGAGUUUGACUUCGCAGCCACCAAAAUAGUCGCCCACACCGGAAACAAGACAGGCCGAGAAUUGAUUGAAGCAUGGGCCUCGGAUGAGAACUCGGUCAAUCGAUUUAUCGAUCUGGCGCCGGCGUACAGAGCCCUUCGUAGUCACCUCCAGUCGUGCGACGUCGGUCGAUGAUGGAGUCUACUUGCCUUAUAACUGUCGCCUAUCCUGUUUCUGCCACUACCUCUGAUGAUGGACUCCUGUACGAGUCUGAAAGCUCAGGAUAAAAAAUGAAGUGUUCCGGUGCUCGACUCUUCUUCUUCACUUAUGGAUACACCUGGAACUCGAAAUUUCGCCUUCAUUCGUGAGAAAACAAAGGCGUUGAAAUCCUCGAGGAGCGUCUUCUGUAGGUUCUUUAUGGGGGAUCAAGUGUACUCUGGAGUGCACGCUGUUAAACCUGAUUAUUCCCCCCGCCCCCCCACGUGGUAGAUGCGCUGGAUCAGCAGAUGGACUAGGUAGGAGUCCGGCACGCCAUAAAAGAUGUCAACAUUGAUGAAUGACCGCACGCCCAUUUGCAGGCCUACGUCGCGUCCACUGGGAUCUGAGCCAACCCACCACUUUUGCUGUUCUGCAAAAUCCUGGUUACUGUCUAUUAUUAACUAGUGGGUGUUGUGGUACGUCUAGGUGCAUGUUUCACCCUGCCAGACACCUGAGCCGGCUUCCGCUUCGUGUCUUCUUGACGCUGUCUUGAGGCCGGCUCUGGGUGAAAACGGGAAGAUGGUGCGUUAGAUGCUGCGCAAGUCCAGCAUCACUUUAAACGCAAAUCACCGUGUGGAGCGCACGGUGGGCAUCGUCUGUCACAAUGUCAAUUUCGUGAUCGAUAAGAAUUCAUGUCGCAAUUUAGAGAUAAAAUGUUUGGGAUUUCCAUAACAAUAUGAAGCCUGCUUAAAGAAGUAAAAAACAAUCAAAAAACGAAAAGUAGGCAUAACGAAAAUUGAGGUGACUGAGAUGCGGUAUGUCCGGGGUUACUUCAGGAGUGCAUUGAUAGACCACCAAAAAGGAAGACAUAUUUUUGAUAAGGCAAGCUGGGUCGAUCUAGUCACGAGCUGAUCUGGCGACGGCACGGGUGUGGUCAUCAGCGCGGACUCCGAUGUGAUAGGGUGGCGCCUGUAAAUCAGGGUUAAAACCAGUGAGCUUUUCGCUUCGGUCCAUGCUUGUAUGUCUGCGUAACUAGCUGACCCAGUUACCAUUGCCUUUGAAAGUGACAAUACUCAGUCGGUUCGCUGUGUAGGUCUACAGUUCUUACAACGACACACCAGUUCACGGACAUCUUUACAACCCAUGCAAAUCGAAAUCCUUAUGGUAAAAUGAUGGAAACGGAUCUCAAAACCCAGAACGCGGUUUCGAUUAACAUUCAGAACAUAUUUGCCAGAAAUAAACUAAAUGGAGAUCGAAAUUGCCAGAGAGACCAAUGAACUCAUGAAUGGAGUAUUCUUCUACAUAUGCGUUGACACAAGAAAUAACGCGAAGAUUUGAUGGGAGUGACGCUAUUAAGACGCACUGAGUAACUUAUGCACGUAAACAAAAAGUAAUUAGGGGACUAAAAAAUCUCCCUCAAGACCUUGAUAGUCUGCAUAUAUAUAUCGAGAGAGAAAGUCCGUAAGGCACAGCGGAGCAAGUGAGUUCCGUAUAAACCAUCAGUGAGCGUCCCAGCACCAUUAUAUAUAUAUAUAUAUAUAUAUAUAGGCAGAAUGGUAUUACCGACGAAGACAAGGGAGACUAGAAUGGCCAUUUCUGGCUUAUUAGCCGUCGUCAGCCAGCCAUACCCAAGCCCGAAGUGUGGAACACCCGAGCCUCGAACUCGCGACCUGUUGGCUUAGAAGUCCACGCCUCUACCCACGGGGCCACGUGCCCGUUGCCCUGUCGGUUUUCGAUCGGGAAUAUAUUCAAUGGUAGGGGGCGUUCACCGAUUGUUCAUACGGAACUCACUCGUUCGGUUGUGCCUUAAGGGCUCUCUCUCGAGCCCAAGGUUCGAGGCUCGGGUGUUCCACACUUCGGGCCUGGGUAUGACUGGCUGACGAUAACUAAUAAGCCAGAAAUGGCCAUUUCAGUCUCCCUUGUCUUUGUCGGUAAUACCAUUGUGCCUGUAUAUCAUGCGCCGCUGUCCGGCUGCUGGUUGGGCUCGAGAGAGAGCCCCUAAGGCACAACGGAACGAGUGAGUACCGUAUGAAAGAUCGGUGAGCGCCCCCUACCAUUAUAUAUAUAUAUAUAUAUGCAUAUAUAGGGGCAGAUUGUCAAUAAAGACGAGGGAGAUUGAGAUAACAAUUUUUGACAGGUUAGUUCCUGUCAGCGAAACUUAUUCAAACUUAUUUCAUCACCCCCACUAUCUGUGUGAUGACGGAGACGACGGUUACAACCCCACGCUCCCUCGGAUCCACCAUCCGUGAUAACAGUCCCGACGCCCUGUCAAACGCCCCUCUCACCACCAACGAUCCGUCACUAGCAUAUCGUACUCGAUCCUAGUCUACCCUCAUUGUGAUGGCACCCUUAGGUCACGCGUCGGCCUGGUUAGUCACUUGCGAAUCUGUCGUACGGAGACUUUCAAACCCCUGAAUAGUGCCCCGGCGAACACUCGCCUAACCCGCCUCCACUGCCUGCCCAGUCCACACACGCUCAGUCAGCGUAUGAGUCUUUUCAACCACAUGUGUAAUCAAGGCAGCAGGAUUCACCCAAUUUCGAUAGAGCGAGCCCAUCUGGCGCAUCAAACAACUGUUCUAUCCACAGCACUGCCAACUCAACCUCCAGUAGCGUCACCACAGCUAACAACAUCAACGCUAUAAGCAGAUCAACGUAGCCUGAAUUCCUGGCCAUUCUGUCUCCGAAAAUGCCAUUUUGUAUCAGCAUGGUCGGUCUUUGAGGAAUCCAUCGUAUUGAGACCGACGAACCAGCGGGGCAAUGGGUAGCCGUUUCCGUCUUAUUCACUAUCGCCGGCCGGCCCAACUGAACCCCACGUUUUGGAGCACCGGAGGCUUGAACCUGCGCUCUUAUAGUUAUAAGUUGAAUGCCCCAACCACUGAUGAAACAGCAUCAGGUGUGACAGAACCUGCCCGUCGCCCUCACCUCGACUGCCCACAUGAGCCUACUCGGUCACGCGUAAGUCCGUGGCAGACCAUUGCACUGCAAACGCUAUCCCCAGUCGCUUCCGCCACGCAUGGACUCCUCUUACUGCGCAGGUGUUAUGGCAGAUUUCAAAUAAUUCACUUUGACCCAACUGUGAAAAACUCGGUGCCUUGGUGGGAAUCGAACUCACGACAGCAAGGGAGGGCUUUAGUACAGCCAACACUCUAGCCACCUGAGCUACGAGUCUUCACCAUGAGAGAUGUGACUUUAAUCGCAUUUGGGUCUGGUUUACUCGCCUGGUAGUGAUCUGGUGGAUUUUAGAUGUAUUACUUAGGAAAUCCUGUUUGGGCAGUCAGCUUACUGUAUCAGAUUAAGUGGAUUCCAGACGAUUCAGUAGGUUGAGCGUAUUUAUUCAGUCGGAAAUGGGCGCCUAUCGAUUCACUGACUUUUCGAAGCUAACAGGUCCCAUCUGUGUGUCGGAGGUCACGAACAUGCAAUCGUCUGCCAGGGUGAAUUCGACAAAGUCAUGUAUGAUAACAGUCGGUGAGGACAGAUGAUGGAGUAGAUUGACACAGUACUGUUUCGGGCUUAUUUUGCCCUCAAUGUCCUGGCGAGCAGAUGGGACGAGAAAAAGAAGCAUGCCUUGUGAUUGGCCAAAUGAAGGCAGAAUACGCCGCAAGCGGUUCCCUAUUCUCUGUCGUCUCCGCCCUAUUAUCAUGACGUGAUCGAGUUCGGCCUGGAGGGUAGUUGCCUCUUUGUGACCUCUGUCACACAUAAGUAGUGUGUUUGCCUCAAGGAGCCAAGGGAUUGGUGUGUGUCCAUUCCUAAUUGAAUAUAGGUGUACAGACAAGCAAAUUGACAUAAAUGAAAUCUCUGAUCGAUACAAGCGAAGAUGCGAGCUCCAGGGACUAGCUGAUAUAAAGAAGAAGAAGAAGAAGAAGAAGAAGAAGAAGAAGAAGAAGAAGAAGAAGAAGAAGCAAUCACUGGAAUAA